GCUCGCCGGUACCGAAAUCAGUCACAGUAGUCUUCUGCAUUUGUCGGGAAGUACACUACACUGCAGCCAACAUGAGGGAAAUCGUACAUCUUCAGGCCGGACAGUGCGGAAACCAAGUUGGAGCUAAGUUUUGGGAAGUAAUUUCUGAAGAACACGGCAUUGACCCCAGCGGAAUCUAUUUGGGAGAGAGCGACUUGCAACUAGAACGAAUCAACGUCUACUACAACGAAGCCACAGUAGCUUCCCGCAGCAAUGGUGGCAAGUACGUCCCCCGCGCCAUCCUCCUCGACUUGGAGCCCGGCACCAUGGACGCCGUCCGCUCCGGCAUCUACGGCCGCCUCUUCCGCCCCGACAACUUCGUCUUCGGCCAGUCCGGCGCCGGCAACAACUGGGCCAAGGGCCACUACACGGAAGGUGCCGAGCUCGUGGACGCCGUCUUGGACGUGGUACGCAAAGAAGCAGAAAACUGCGACUGCCUCCAAGGCUUCCAGCUGACGCACUCCCUCGGGGGCGGCACCGGCUCGGGCAUGGGCACCCUGCUCAUCUCCAAGAUUCGCGAAGAGUACCCAGACAGAAUCAUGAAUACGUACUCAGUCAUGCCUAGCCCCAAGGUGUCGGACACUGUCGUGGAGCCCUACAACGCCACACUCUCAGUGCACCAGUUGGUGGAAAACACGGACGAGACGUACUGCAUCGACAACGAAGCGCUCUACGACAUUUGCUUCAGGACGCUGAAGGUGCCUAAUCCGAGCUACGGGGACUUGAACCACCUAGUCUCGCUGACGAUGUCGGGAGUCACGACGUGUUUAAGGUUUCCGGGACAGCUUAACGCCGACCUGAGGAAGCUCGCCGUGAACAUGGUACCGUUCCCCAGGUUGCACUUCUUCAUGCCCGGAUUCGCACCGCUGACGUCACGUGGUAGCCAGCAGUACAGGGCUUUGACGGUUCCCGAGCUCACACAACAGAUGUUUGAUGCCAAGAAUAUGAUGGCUGCGUGCGAUCCCAGGCACGGAAGGUAUCUGACCGUAGCAGCCGUCUUCCGCGGACGAAUGUCCAUGAAAGAAGUAGACGAGCAGAUGCUAGCGGUCCAAAACAAAAAUAGCAGUUAUUUCGUGGAGUGGAUCCCCAACAAUGUCAAGACAGCCGUGUGUGACAUUCCACCAGUGGGUUUGAAGAUGUCCUCCACCUUUAUCGGCAACACCACGGCCAUCCAAGAGCUCUUCAAGAGGAUCUCCGAGCAGUUCGCUGCCAUGUUCAGGCGCAAAGCCUUCUUGCACUGGUACACCGGUGAGGGCAUGGACGAAAUGGAAUUCACCGAGGCCGAAUCUAACAUGAACGACUUGGUGUCCGAGUAUCAGCAGUACCAAGAGGCCACGGCCGAUGAGGAAUAUGAGGCGGAGGAAGAGGCGGCCGCUGAUGACUUCAACUGUUAAUCAGUAUUGCGAGAAUUGGAACAUCAUUCAAGAUUUACGUGUGUUUUGACUAGUCGUUUUGUUAUUUGGGAGACUCAUUUUGGUAACUUAUACACAAUGGCACGGCUUUUAUGACGCAGUGAGCACGGUUUUUAUUAUUAGUAUUGUUGUUACCAAGGUGGGUUAACCACGUUGGAGGCGUCAGUACUAAUUUUUAGUUCUUCAUACAUGAUGUUUGGGUAUGUUUUGGUAAGAUUCUUAGUUUUGAUUGAUGUUUUAAUUUUUUUUUUUUUGAAAUUCUACGAUGUAAGCUUUUAUACUUUUAUAAUUCGCAGUUGAUAUUUAUUAAAAACGAAGUAUGUAGAAUUAAGACUGAAUUUUCUACGCAAGUCUACUCGUCACAUCGACUUAAUGUAAUAAAUUUUUUGAAAUUAAAAA